UCAAAGCCUACACGUUAGAAGCUUCUUUUUUUUGACGUAAUGUUUAUGAAUUGCUGUGGUGUUUCUGGCAACUUUCGAGACAGUUGAAGUUUCAUCCAUAGAUCUUAAAGGUCUGCAGCUCUCUUGUAUACAAUCCUAACUGCUGAGACACUACACUCCAGAUGCAGUGCCUGGAAUAUUCUGUGGAGAAACUGCGCUCAGCUCUUUUCUCUACUCGUAAGGAUCUGACAGCAGCCUAUGAGCACUAUAGCAGGGAGGAAAAGCGGUUUCUUGAGGGCGGUCUUCUCCCUGGCAGUUCACUUUUCACUGCCAUUACUGUUCACUCUGAAUCUGACUGGAUUCCUGCCCACCCUGAAGCCCCUCAAGACUUCCAGAGCUUCUACAGCAACCCAUACCGCAGCACACCCAACACCGGCCACAAGACCAUUUAUAUUCAAACUAUUGGCUCAUUUGGGGAAAGUGCUGGAAUCACUGAGCAGUAUGUGGAGUGGCUGAGGGAAUACUGUGAGGCUUUUUACUACGGUCUAGUCGUGAAGCUUUUACCAGCAGUGUCUGUUGAAGCCACCAGCUGCACAUUUCGUGUUAACAGCAACACAAAUAACCUUCAGCUUCAUGCUGGAGACCUUUUAGCUUUUUUAAAAAAGAAGAAGCCAAAAGAUGCAUUUUGCAUUGUUGGGAUCACCAUGAUUGAUUUGUACCCAAAAGACUCCUGGAAUUUUGUCUUCGGUCAAGCAUCUCUCACUGAAGGAAUGGGGGUUUUUAGCUUUGCUAGGUAUGAUGAUGACUUCUAUAAAAAGAGUUAUGCUGGGCGGCUGAAGAAAGCGAUAAACCUCAAGCCAGGGGACUACAUUGUUUUCCAGGGCUACUACACACCUCCCAUUAGCAGCACUCUGCUCCUCCGCUCGUGUAAGACACUGACUCAUGAGAUUGGGCACAUAUUUGGUAUCCAGCACUGUCAGUGGCUCCAGUGUGUUAUGCAAGGUUCCAACCAUUUAGAGGAAUCAGACCGUCGCCCACUAGACCUUUGUCCCAUCUGCCUCAGAAAACUACAGUGUGCCAUUGGCUUUAAGAUUCCAGAAAGGUACAAGGCUUUGCUACAGUGGAUAGAGAAUGGAAGUGGAAAUUCUGAAUGUCAGUCAGGCAAACCCACACAAGCUUUCCAAGACUUCAAACAGUGGUUAUGUAAGUGUUUGAGCAUAUUGGAAGGUAAAUAAUUGUAACUCUUUUACAGGUUAGUAAGGAGAAAAAGCAGAAAUUAUAUUUAAUGUACAGGAAAUAUGUAUUGUUACAUUAAACAAGAUGACACUAGAUUUUUAUGUAGAAAUAUGAAUGUAAUAAAAAGAUGUUGAAUUCAAAAGUUGAUGCAAAUAAUUAACACUUAUAUUUGGCUGAAAUAAAUUACUGUAAAAUAAAAAAUAAAUAUUUAGUCAUAGUGUAUUGCUAUUCCAGAUGCCUAAAAUAGUUUUACGAGGUCUGUCCGGAAAUUAUCCAGCCAUGUAGUGACUGGAUCACAUGUAAUAAACUAAAUUAUGCUUUCAGUUCCCGCACUGUCAGUCUUCAAUCCUUUUCAUAUUGUCAUAGUUAAUGUAUGCACAACCAUUCCACUCUUCUUGGCUGCCAGAUUACAUCAAUGCCACACAAAACGUUCUCAUUAUAUUAACAAUGGCUGGACUUUUUCCUGACAGACCUUGUAUAAUAGUUUCAUACGUUAUAAGUAUUUCUAGUACAGUUGGAAUGAUUAUUAUUUUGAUUAAGCUGUCCAUAUAACUGUCACAUUUCUGGCACAAUCAUUGUAAAAGCAUUGUAGUAAAAAUGACACACCCAUUCUCGUCACUCUGAUAUACUGAAUGUUAAGACGUUCACAGUUAAGGUCAUAUUAUACACCAUGAAUCUAACAAUCACACUUAUUCAAUAAACUUGUUGGUUUCAGAUGAUCAAUAGCACAAGUGCCUAGUAAUUCAAUAGUAGACUAUGUAGACCUGAAAUUAUUUGAAAAUAGACCUAAAAGCACCAUUAUGUCUUUGGAGAAAGUAACAUAACUGGUACACAAAUAUGGGGUUAUUGGAGCUGCAGUUGUUUAAGAUGCUGGCUACAAUUCUUCAGGAAUAAAAAGCUGGGUAAAGUCAAAAGGAGACAAAAUGAAUGAAGUGUACAGCUGUACUAUAACCUUUGUAGUGAAUUUUUGUUUAACAGGUAAACUGGCCUAAUACUGCAAAAAACACCCAAUAAAUUGCAUGCAGAUUGUCUAUAUUGUAAUGUUCACCAUUACUUUCAUGUAUCUGAUUAUUAAACAAAUUG